AUGAAUCCAGAAAAUAUUUUCAAUAUCACUCAUUUUAUCAUUGUGGGAAUUUCCAGUGUUCAGGAACUACAGCUUCCAAUCUUUCUUCUGGCCCUUCUCAUCUAUCUCUUCACUCUUGGUGGGAACAUGAUCAUCCUUCUACUGGUCUGCCUGGAUUGUCACCUUCACACACCAAUGUACUUCUUCUUGGCCAAUUUGUCCGUCUUAGACAUGUCUUCUUCUACAAUCACUUUACAUAUGAUCCUUACAGGAUUCAUUUCUGGAAGGUCAACAAUAUCUUAUGGUGGUUGUAUACUACAAAUGUACGUUUGGGCAUCAUUAAUAGGACUUGAACUUCUAAUAUUAUCAUCCAUGAGUUAUGAUAGAUAUGUUGCCAUAUGCAAGCCUCUGAAAUAUAACAUGAUCAUGAAUUAUAGGCUUUGUGGCCUAUUGGCUUCACUCUGCUGGGUUUCAGGGUUUCUUCAAAGUCUACCUCACACCAUUGUCGUCAUAAAAUUUUCCUGCUAUGAGUCAAUCAAAAUCAACCACUUCUUUUGUGAUAUUUUGCCUCUGAAAUAUAUCACUUGUAGUGACACGUCACUUUUGGAUUAUUUGAUCCUUGCCAGUGUACUUUUUCAUUUAUUUUUCUCAUUUCCUUUUACUUUUAUGCCUUACGUUUUUAUUAUUGACACCAUACUUAAAAUACCUUCCAACAUCGCAAGACGUAAAGCCUUCCACACAUGCUCCUCACACCUGACAGUUGUCAUCCUUCUGUACGUGGUGCUUCUCUGUCAGUACCUAAAGCCUGGGCAGGAGAAUAACUUGGAGUCCAGUAAACUUUUUUCAUUGUUUAACACGGCAGCAGUCCCUAUGCUUAACCCAUUAAUUUACAGUUUGAAAAAUAGAGAUGUAAAACUAGCUCUUCGACGGGAACUAAAAAGAUUCAAAAGUAGCUAUUAA